AUGAAAAACAGAAAAUGUAGACAAAAAGUGAAACAGUUUCUCAAGCACUCAACUCCUACGUCAUCUGUUUUAAAUCAUAUAGCUACAAAUUACAAGGAGUAUUAUCUGAAGUUCAUUCACAAACAUAAAUUUCUCUCCCAGUCCUUUGCAGCUUUAAAACAUAUACAUAAAGCUAAAAAGAGAAUUUGCACAUCACACCAUCUGACGACAACGUGUGUUUUAAAUAGUAGCACUAUUUUAAAGAAUGCAAUAUUUGACAAUGAUAAAUUUUGUAUGUCUGAUAAAAAGCUGAUGAUGUCUGGUGAUAUUGAACUAAAUCCUGGCCCUUUAACAAAUGUUAGCAGCAAAGUAAAGGCAUCAUUGCCUGCUUAUAACAUAGUAGAAAAUAGAUUAGAACAGCUUGGCUUGAGACCACUAGAUGUUGGUGGUGAAGGUGAUUGCUUUUUUAGAGCCAUUUCACACCAGCUAUAUAGUGAUUGUAACCAUCAUUUAGAUAUAAGAAUUGCAGGUGGUAAUUAUUUGAGAGAAAAUCCUGAACGAUUUAUUGAAAGCAAUAUUGAGUCUUCUUGGAUGCAAUAUCUUGAAAAUAUGUCAACACCGGGGACAUGGUGUGACAAUUUAGUUAUACAAGCUGUUGCAGAUAUACUUAAUUUAAAGAUACACAUAAUAGAGUCAGAUGAGAACUUUGCUUUGUUUAAUAUUAUAGAAGCUGUAGCACCACAACACCAACCAACAGUUGUUCAUAUAGGGCAUUUGGGUGAAUAUCAUUAUGUUUCCACCAUAAGCUUACAAUUAGGCAGUACAGUUUCAAAUGUUGGGAAAAGUAAUGAUAAGCAAAAACAGAAAAGGAAAAUUUAUUUGAAAGAAUACAUGAAAGAAUACAUGAAAAAGAAGAGAUCAAGUGAAACUUCUCAAGAGAAAGAAAAAAAAUAA